GUUCGUCUUCAGCUCGGUGGUCUACGGUACCAGCUACCGGUCCAUGAACUCCAUGGCAAAGCCGUCUUUCGCAGAAGACGGCAGCCUUGCCGACGGGGGAAUUGACCUGAAUAUGGAGCAGGGGAUGGCAGAGCACCUCAAGGACGUGAUCCUGCUGACAGCCAUGGUCCAAGUGUUGAGCUGCUUCUCGCUCUACGUCUGGUACUUCUGGCUCUUGGCUCCGGGACGCGCUCUCUACCUCCUGUGGGUGAACAUCCUGGGGCCCUGGUUCACAGCUGACUCUUCGCCUGCCGGUCAGGAACCAAAUGAGAAGAAGCAACGCCGACAAGAACGCCGCCAGAUGAAGCGCUUCUAGCCCUGCCUGGGGAGAUAGAUUAACGCCAUCUCUCAUCUCCAUGCUGUUAUUUCAUCAGGGAUGCAACCGAAGCCAAUCCGAAACCAUCGCAGUAGCUAUGCUGCCCUCUGUCAUUGCUGCCAUUCCGCUAGAAAGGCUGCAAGAGACUUCCCUUGGUUGGUCCUUAGCGCCAGCCGAGGCCUUGCUCCUUGGGACGACAAGGGGGGGGUGAUGCUGGGAUGUGUGUAAAUACCUUUUUAAAGCAGCGCUGUAUCGCGUUCGAGGUUGGGGAUUGCAACGUUGGGAGGAAAUAGUACAUUAAAGAGCAGAGUCUAACUGAC